AUGAGAUCAAGGAGGCUGCGAGUUAUCUGGGGCCGCAGCAUACAACGCACAAAACAAACACGUUUUGUUUGACAAUGAUUGUAAAUCAGGGAUAUAAGCCUCAAUGUCGGGAAUUCAAUGGACCCACGCCUCAUUCCACUGCUUUGAGGGCCCGGCCCACCCUGACGAGGCCCGCGGACCACCUGAUCCUGGAGAGGAGGAAGAAGGAGGAGGCCAGGCACAAGGUGCUGGAGUUCACCAAGUACCAGGAGACAUGGGACAUGAGAACCACCUGGCAGAAGAACACCGACCGCCGCAUCAUCUCCGGGACCAUCGAAAGACACGUCCAGGACGCCAUGACCCAGUAUCAGACCAGCAUAGAAGAGAGGAGAGAACGGUUGCGUAGUCUGUUCGAGGAGGAGGAGAAGGAGCAGCUGGAGGAGAUGGAGAAUAAGACGGAGACAGUGUCGGAGAGACAGGUGAGGAUGAAGGAAAGGGCCAGGACUCUGAGGGAGAGGAGAGAGAGCGAGAGACAGCAGCUGGUCGCCGACAAGCUGGACCAACAGUUCAGGGAGCAGAACGCGGAGCUCCGGGCGGACCAGAGCCGCCGCGGGCAGGACCAGGUGUGCGCCGAGCGUGGCCAGCAGCUGCUCCUCCGGCAGGAGGCGCAGCGGCGGCGGCGGGAGGAGGAGGAGGAGGUCUUUCAGGAGCUGUGGGAGGCGGACUGCCGGGCCAAGGAGGCCAGGGAGAAGGAGGAGGCGCUGCGGCGCAGGAGGAGCCACCAGGAGCAGGCGGAGGUGCUCGACUGGCAGACGAAGGAGGUGGACAGGAGGAGGGAGGAGCAGAGGCUGCUGAAGGAGGAGGAGGCCCGGCUGCUGCGGGAGCAGAGGGAGGUGCAGGCUCUGACGGAGCAGAGGGAGCAGCUCCAGAAGCUGCAGGCCCAGGAGGCCCAGCGCAGGCAGCUGGACCGCGACCUGCGGCUGAAGAUGAAGCGCCUGGGCCUGCAGCGGCAGGACGAGCUGGCCCUGGACAUCAGCAUCCUGCAGCAGCUCCUGGAGCCGGGACACGACCAGGGGGCCGCCUCGCGCAGGAAGAGCGAGAUUCGCCUGGAGCAGGAGAGAUACCGCCAGCACCUGGCUGACGAGCAGGAGCGGCAGCGGGGCGAGGAGGCGGAGUAUGAUCGGCUGAUGGAGGCGGAGCUUCGGGAGGCGUGGCGGCGGCGGGCAGAGAAGAACCGCGUGGAGCGGGAGGGGCGUGACCGCCUAAUGCGUGAAGUGAUGGCCACGCGGCAGCUGCAGAUCCAGCAUAAAUUGGAUGUGAACACAGAUCUGCAGCAGCAGAUGGAGGAGGAGCGGGAGGAACUGAACCGAAACAUGCAGGAGAAUAAGAUCGUGGACGAAGAGCAGAAGAUAAGCCAGCGGCGGGCGUGUCUGCAGUACCAGGCAGACCUGCUGGCCCAGAUCAGGCAGCGGGAGCAGCAGGCUCUGGAGCUAAAGACCCAGGAGAGCAUGGAGCACCAGCGGGGCCUGGAGGCCGAGGAGCAGCACAGCAAGAGGGUCCAGGAGGCGAUGUCCUCCAGACCCCGCUCCGACGCCGCGUCCAGGAGGGGGCAGCACCCCUUCAGACGUUCCCCCUCCAUCACCACCGCCGCAAACCCAUAGAGUUGUACUAGCUGGUUUCGCUAGUGACCAGCUAUGGAGAUUGAGUUAACCGUUGAGAUCGUAUAACACUGUCACACUCUGUAAAACGCCACAUGAGCAUGAAUAAAGUGUGA